UCUAACCAUUAGUUGACAUUUGUUUUGCUGGCAAUACUUUGAUAAUUGCUUGUUCUUCAUAUUAGCUUUCUCUACAUGUUUGUUUUGCUAUUUCAAGAAACAUUUAAGGAUUUCAGUUAUCAUUUGUUAAUAUACUGUGAUUAGAAGUUUUAUUCUAUUUCGCUUUAGAAUAACUACGGUAUUAAAUGUUAUAUGUCCUGGGCAUGCGCCAAUCAGUGUCCUUGCACUUCCGCAAGUAGUAAAACAUAGUUUUACAAGUUGAGAAUUAAUUUAUCUUUUUUGUGAUUAAACGACUUGAGCGAACAAAGUUCGUUAAUUUAAACUUUACUAAACAGUAGCCGUAAUUGUUAUCGUACGUGGUACGAACAUUAUUUAUUGUUUUUGGUGUUAUAUCGAAGGAUAUUGGAACUUGAAAAUUGCCACACGUGGUGGGGUAAUAAAAUUACAUAAUGGCGGAUGGCCAAACUAAAAAUCAAAAAGACAUCGAUAAUGUCACUAGUGGUAAAGGAAAAUCUAGUUAAACCUCAAGUUCAAGGGGAAAGCAGACAGCUCGUAAUUUGGCGGAGGAUUUACCCACAACUUCGAAAACUAGUGAAAAGUCGAGUGCUAAAAUUGUCGACAAAAAUGACGAGAUUUUGAAUAUCUUGAAAUCGCUUCGAGCUGAGCAAAAAAAAACAAACAGUAAGUUAGAAGCUUGUGAAAACAGACUCAAACAAUUAGAAAAUGUAGAUUAUAGUUAUGAUUAUGAUGCAUAUCAAUAUGAGCCUGACAUGUAUGUUGACGAAGAGGCUAGUGCCUCGGAAAUAUGUCCCCCAGUCACUAGAAAAAGAAAAAUUGACGAUAGCUGUUAAAAGUGAAAGUUCUGAAGGGUCUAGUCGUUUUGUGAGAUUGUCAAAAAGGUUUAAAACAACCGAGGUGUGUGGGUCAGACAUAGGUCAAUUUUUAGCAGACAAUGUAAAUCAUCUGUUCAGGCAGGGAAUGGAGGAAGAUCAGUAUUCUGCUAUGAUCAAGGAUGAAGAAAAUCCUCGUCCAGGAAAUUGUGACAGUCUUGUUACUGUAAAAUUAAAUCAGUUAGUCUGGGACAUAGUGUCCCCAACUUGACAUUCUAGGGACAAGAAGAUGCAAAAUAUGGAAACAACUGUUAUUAAAGCAGCUUGUGUCUUGAUUAAAACAGUGGACAAGGCAGCGAAGUUGGAAACUGAGGUCAAACAGGCAGGUGGUGAUAUAGGGUCAGUGAUAGAUGGAUGUAAUGAUACGCUGGCCUUUUUAGGACAUGCUAAUCGUCAGAUACGUAGGGACCUUUUGAAGCCCGAAAUGAGAAAUGAGUACAAUCAUCUGUGUACCCAUUCUCUACCAUAUACAAGUCAACCUUUUGGUGACAAUGUGUCGAAAACCGCUAAAGAGAUAGAGGAGUGCUCAAGAAUUUGGCACAAGCUUCAGUAUGGACCUGUUAGAGGCAGUUUUAGGGGUAGACCUGGUUUCCGACCAAGACUACGAGGAACUUUCAGUCAUACUGCUGUACGUGGUAUCAACAGUCAUCAAAAAACCUCCAGCGCCGAGGGGGAGUCAGGAAAUUUUAAAUUUAAAGUAUUUUAGAGUCGCUGGAUUCGGAAAGUAUACAAAUAGACAGGGCCAGAGCCAUUAUGUAGCGCCAUUAUGGCCAACACAGACUUGGUUUGCUCAACUGAUGCGAGUACUAGUGGAUUCACUAAUAAUUCUUCCAAAGACAAAGCAGUCACUGAUUGCUCCUCUGCAGGGAACAGAACACCCUAUGUCACAGAAACUGGUUUUAAUUGCAUGUCUAGUGUCAGGAGAACAUACAGAGAAUGCGGUUUUUCUGAGCAAGUGACAAGUAUGAUCAUGUCAUCAUGGAGAAGUGCCACAAAACGCAAGUAUCAGGUCUAUAUGGGUAUCGCGAUGGAUACACAUCUGUAAUAGACAGAAAAUGAAUUCAGUUUCGGUUGAUCUCCAAGAUGUAAUAGAGUUUCUAACAUCUGAAUUUAACAAAGGACUAAGUUAUAGCUCUAUAAAUACUGCAAGGGCUGCUUUGUCUUCGUUAGGAAUUAUGUUGGGUUCAUUUACAGCAGGUAUACAUCUCAUGGUCAUUAGAUUUAUGAAAGGAGUUUUCAAUCCACGGCCCUCAAUGCCAAAAAACAAUACCAUAUGGAAUGUGGAUAAAGUACUUUUGUUUCUGAAACAGUUUUCACCUGUAAAACAUUUAUCAUUGAAGGAACUUACUUUAAAGCUGACCAUGCUAAUUGUUCUUACCAAUGCAGCCAGAGUACAGACAGUACAUUUGCUUAGUGUAAAUAAGUUACAGAAGUUGCGUUCAGAAUUUAUUUUGCAGUUCAAAGGUUUGUUAAAACAAAGCCGGCCUGGCUUUGAUUGUUCCGAGUUACAUUUGAAAGCAUAUCCUCCAGAUAGGAGACUUUGUGUUUUUACUGUUUUAAAAGAAUAUUUGUCAAGAACAAAGACAUUGAGACAAAAUAAUGAAGAUGCUCUUUUGAUUAGUUAUAUCAAAAAACCAUUUAAACCUGCUUCUAGUAACACCAUUUCUAGAUGGGUAAAAACUGUUAUGAUAUGUGCAGGAAUUUGUGAAAUGUUUGGUGCACAUAGUGCCAGAUCUGCUGCAGUUAGUAAAGGAAAUUUAAAUUGAGUUCCUAUACAAGAGGUCAUGAAAAAGGCUGGAUGGUCUAAUCAGAGUACGUUUGCAAAGUUUUACAACAAGAAGGUAUUACAACAGGGAGAAUUUGAGAAUAAAGUUCUGAAGUGUUAAGAUCAAAUAGGUGGUACUACACAUGUAUUGACAUUUAUGCCAUGAUUGUUGCUACCGUAAGCAGAGAUGAAGGUGAAUAUCGUCUAAUUGAGGCAUGGGUUAAACAAGCUAGCCGUGAGGAUAUCUUUAUAGACUCUCUUUUCAUUGGGCGUGGCCCAACAACUGAUGAUUCAGAGGCAUAUUUACAAAGAUUGAAACCAGCUUUGCCAAGAGUCAAUAUCAGACACAUGAAUCCUUUUACUUUUGUGGAUUAUGUAUCAGUUCUUACAGUAUCUGCUGACACAUAUGAAAUAAAACUUACACCAUUUGAAACGGGCUUCAACUUCACGCUCUUUGAACUUGCAAAUGGAGGAGUUACUUCAGGUGUGGCAAGUAGUUCUAGUACCAAUGUGUCCAUGGCCUUAGAUAAUGGUGGUGGAUCUGGGGUUCUCAUGGUGACCAGGACUUCACAGGCAUCCCCACCGGUGAAUGGACUCGUUGAGUUGUCUCUUUAUCAUGACAGAAAGGUUUUGAAGAAGGAUAUAGAAAUUUCUAUAACAGCAGAGCAAUUCCAAAGGGAACUAGAGUCAAUUCAAGGCAUGGGAUUUGUAAAUGUAGUCAAGAAGGGUGAUAGUUUUAACUUUAAUUUGACUAUAACAUUUCUUUCACUACCAGGAGAUCUUCCCAAUAUGGAGGUUUCGUACGACCGUCUUCAAGGAAUAGAGGCUCAAGUUAUUGUUGAAACAAAGGAACACGGAGGCUUGUUUUAUGAUCCACUUACAGGCGAUAUGGUAUCGACGGUGCACAGCUCGCCUCAGGUUAGACUUUUCAUCAACGAUAUACCCACGGCUUGUACUGAUGACUGCUCGUUCAACUGGGAUUCAUCCUCCACGCCAACUAUUUCCGGUAUCAGCCCACAAUCAGGAUCAUCAUCAAUAUCUACGACUGUUUUUAUUACUGGGACAGGAUUCAGUACAGUCAUAAGCAAUAACCAGGUGACAAUCGGAGGAUUUGAAUGUACUGUAACUGGUUCAUUGGCGACUAUUAUCACGUGCGAUGUUGGUAACGGGCCAGAGGGACCACAUUCUGUAGUUGUGACAGUUGAUGGUAAAGGUAACGCUGAAGGUAGCGUUCAGUUUACUUACACAGCAGGUAUAUCAUCAUUGGCCCCUACGUCAGGAAGUAUUGGAGGUGGUGUUAAACUAACAAUCAGUGGUUUUGGUUUCAAGCACUUUGGUUACAAAAAUGGAGCAAAUGUAACAAUCAACGGCAAGAUUUGUUAUAUACUUUUUAGACAUACAGAUACAAUUGUGUGUUUGGUUCCACAAUCGACAUCUGCUGGUACUUGGAAUGUGGUCGUUCAUCAGGGAUCUUCUUCAUUAAGUUAUUCUGGAUAUACAUAUGAUUUUGGACUAACCGCUUUAGUAAGCAGUGUCGUCCCAUCAACAAUAGGUGUGACAGGUGGAAAUAUAACUAUAUCUGGGUCAUCAUUUCCUCCAAGCAAAGGGUCUGUACUUAUUGGCGUACGUGAAGCAGCCAUUAUAUCUUGGUCGGAUAGUCAAAUCGUGAUAUCUGUUCAUGAUGCAGACCCAGGCAUUCAACAGUUAAGAAUAGAAACUCCAAAUGGAUAUGCCGUAAAAGCGAACACCUUCGAGUUACCAACAGUUAAUGUUGAUUUAAAAAUAACAAAUGUUUACCCUCUACAAGGUUCAGUGUUAGGUGGAACGAAAUUGACAAUUACCGGAUCUGGAUUUGGAACUGACUUUAACGCUGUGGUUGUGCAUUUUCAAAAUUGGCAUGGGUUUGUCAAAAAUGUCAGUUGUGAAAUCUUGUCUUUAACCAACACUCAGAUACUCUGUCAAAUUGAAGAUUUAAGAAAAAUCCACCAAGUAACAAACAUGGGCGUUGAUCCAGAUUUUGGUGUCUACUACGCCUAUGACACACCAUUUAUUACUAUUAACGAGGGAGAUUUUGUUAACUGGUCGUGGAAAACGGCAGCUUUUGUCACUGAUGUCACUCAUUCUGUAACAGAAAUAGAAAGUCCGGGUUUUUUGGUUGCUAAGGAAGGCGGAUUUAGUAGUGGCAGACCCAGCAGAGAUGGCAGCUUUAGGCAUCAGUUUGUGAAGGCUGGACUUUACUAUGUAUGGAGCGGCAUAGUCAGCAAUUAUAAUAACAAAUAUUAUAUUGGCCAAAUCAAAGUUGUCCCUUCAAUAACAACUUACCAAAGAGUCAAUGUUAGAUUAGGAAAGGCAUGGGCAUUGAGUUACAGGGGAGGUUCUUCAAAUCCAAUAGAUGGGUCUAAUUGUCAGUCUGUUACAUCAGGCAAACAAUCCUGUUCUGACUACAAGGUUGAUUUUUAUGAUACUGACAAGUUCAUGUUCACCUUCUGGACAUGUAGCACACCUGUUGUAAACUCGAUCAAUGUUAACAGUGGAACAACAAAGACAGAUAUAGUUAUAACUGGUGAAGGAUUUUCUAAUACAGAAUGCCAGAAUGAGGUCAGUUUUGGUGGCAUCCCUUGCAUUGUGAAAUCAUCUUCUGAAGACACUCUUACAUGUAAUUUGGAAAAUUCAGGAGAACCUGAAUUAGGAAUACUACAUCAGAUAGAUAUGAGGGUACACAAUCGAGGCAAAGCGCGUAUUAAUAUCGUAAAGCCCGAAGAUCGAGGUUUUGCCGUAAUACCAAAUAUUGAACAAAUAACACCAACAUCUGGUUCAUUGGCUGGUGGCGCCCUUUUAACAGUCUCCGGUUAUGGAUUUGGAGAAUCGCCAAUGGUUGAAGUAGAUGGAUACCAGUGCAAAAUCAUCACAAAUACUUAUAAGGAAAUCGUGUGUGAAACUCCAAGACAUACAUUUGAAGGUGAAAAACAUGUCACAGUGGAAGCAUUUGUAAAUGGUGCAUCCCAUCCUGCAAAAUGUGAAACAUAUUUGAAGAAGUGCCGAUUCUUAUAUGCUCGCUUAUAUACAUCGACUGUGUCUUCUAUUUCACCAUCAUCCAUGUCUGGAGCAACUUCAUUCACAAUCAAUGGAACAGCUCUUGGUACAAAUAUUGGAGAAGUCAGUGUCUCAAUUGGUAAUGUUAUAGGAACUGUAACUUCAGUAGAUGUAACAGUUCUUGUUGUAGAUGUUAACAACAUCCCUGCAGGUGACAAUGAUGUAUUUGUUUAUGUUAAAGAUUAUGGUAAAGCUUCAGGAAGUUUGUCAGUAUUUGGAAAUCUUAUGAUAAGUCAAAUUUCUCCGUCUUCUGGGAGUAUUUAUGGUAACACUAAAAUUACAAUUGAAGGAAAUGGCUUUGUUAAUACAACAACUGUUACUAUCGGCGGAACUUCAUGUGACAUAGAGUCUACAUCUUUGUCUGAAGUGAUAUGUGUAACUAAAGCCCAUGCUGCUGGGUCUACCACUGUUGCUGUGACAUCAAACAGAAUAUAUGAGUAUUCGACAUACAACUACGCAACCAGCUCAACACCGACUAUUACAUCUUUAAACCCUACCUUCGGAGUUGCUGGGCAGACAUUGACCAUUACUGGAUCAAACUUGAGUGGAGGCAAUGUUGCUGUCACAAUUGGACAGUCUAGUUGUGACUACAUCUCUGGAAAUGCAGGAGAAAUCAAGUGCACUAUAGGGGAUAAUCCAACUGGAAUGGCUAAUGUCCUUGCACAUGUUGCAAAACUUGGAUAUUCAAACUCUGAUAUUGAAUUUGAAUACCAGCUUAGUAUCGAUAGCCUACACCCUAUCCGAGGAGGUAACGCAGGUCAUCAAAUUGUGGUUAUAGGCGGAACAGGGUUUGAUGAUUCAGCUGUUGUUACAAUUUGUGGAAAGACUUGCCAACAAACUCUCGUAACAUCAUCAUCCUACACAUGUAAAACACCGGCAAGCUUCGAGGAACGGUCUUGUGAUGUUUCCAUAACUUCAAAUGGCUUGACAAAAACUCUUUCAAAUGCUUAUAAAUACCUUUCAACCCUAACAUCCUAUGUAGAAAAUGUGAAUCCAAGAAGAGGGGGUACUGAAGGUGGUACAAGCUUGACCAUCACUGGGUCAAAUUUUGGGACUGUUCCGGGGAAUGUCAAAGUUGAGAUUGAUGGUACUGUUUGUGUUGUGUCUGUUGUUAAUGAUACUCAAAUAACAUGUGUGACAGGGCCCCACAGAGGUUCUAUUAACACUAAAGUAGAAGUUGAGGUGUCAAGAAACGGAAUUGCUGAAGAGAGGACAAAAGGAGUCACUGAUUUCCUAUACAUUGAUGUAUGGUCUUCAUUAUUUACAUGGGGUGGUGACCCUCCGCCACAAGCUGGCGAAUCUGUUAUUAUAUCUGCUGGUAUGACAUUACUGCUGGACAUGGAUACACCUGUACUAUCGUUCCUGUUUAUUCAAGGAGGUCGACUUAUUUUUGAUGAGAAGGAUAUAGAACUGAAGGCAAACAUCAUCAUGAUAACAGACGGAGGUCUAUUGCAAGUAGGUACUGAAGACAAACCGUUCGAGCACAAGGCUAUCAUAACAUUACAUGGGCACCACAGAAGUAAAGAACUCCCAGUUUAUGGUACCAAAGUUCUGGCAGUAAGGAGCGGUACUUUAGACUUACAUGGUAAAGAGGUUCCGCUAACCUGGACACGCCUCGCAUCUACAUCUGCAAGUGGCUCCAACACUCUUGAGCUGGUUGACCCCGUCGAGUGGAAUGUUGGUGACGAAAUAGUCAUUGCUUCUACUGGUCAUCGUCAAAGCCAGAAAGAAAAUGAAAAGAAGAGAAUUACCGCUAUAUCCCAAGACAAUCGAACUUUGACUCUUGACUCGGCUCUUGAGGCAGAGCAUGUAGGUGUUGAGGAAACAUUUGAUGGUACUCUUGUAGAAAUGAGAGGGGAAGUAGGACUUCUUACACAUAAUGUAGUUGUCCGCGGUAACCAAGAUCCUCAGUGGCAAGACGAAAUUAAAGCUUGUGCAGCUGGAUUUAAAAUGGGUGAGUUCCCAACUCAGACUUGCUUCCAAGGAAGGUUUGGUGACGAGAUAGGAAGUAGUCAGUUUGGAGCUACGAUCCUUGUACAUGCACCAGUAUAUGAUACACAUGAGGCACAGGCUCGCAUUUCAUACGUAGAGGUCACAUUUGCUGGACAAGCUUUUAGACUAGGACGCCAUCCCAUACAUUUCCAUUUGAAUGGUGAUAUGUCAACAAGCUAUGUUAGAGGAUGUAGUAUUCAUAAAACAUUCAACAGGGCUGUUAAUAUUCAUGGCACACACAAUACAUUGGUAGAAAAAACUGUCAUUUAUGAUAUAAUGGGAGGGGGAUUUUUUUUAGAAGAUGGUACUGAGACAGGAAACACCUUGCAAUAUAACUUAGCCGUUUUUGUGAUUGGAAGUUUAAGCUUAUUGAAUGAUGACGUUACUGCUGCCUCUUACUGGAUUACAAAUCCAAACAAUACAAUCCAACAUAAUGCUGCAGCAGGGGGAACCCAUUUCGGCUACUGGUACAUGAUGUAUCAAUAUCCGAUCGGUGCAUCAUUUACUUCGGAUGUGUGCCCAAGAACCAAGCCAUUGGGUAUCUUUAGAAAAAACUCUGCACAUUCAUUUGGCAGGUUUGGAUUAUGGAUUUUUGAAGAAUACUAUCCAGUAAAGGGUGGAUGUCGUGGCACGGAGGUAGAACCAGCUGUGUUUGAAAGUUUCUUUGCUUGGAAUAACGAUAAAGGUGCAGUUUCAGCUUGGACUGGUGCUUUGCAAUUUGUUGACUUUGUCCUUGUUCAAAACAGACUCGCUGGGUAUGAAAGUAAAAGUAUUACUAGAUCAGUUCCUAGAUAUAUGGAUGAUUCUCCCAUGGUAAAGGAUAGUUUAAUCAUUGGUAUAACCAGUAUCCAUCCAAAUGACCUUCAAGAAUGUACAGCUAAUGCUAUUAUAUUGCCGGCUGGUCAUGGAUUUAGAGUAGUAAACACACGAUUUGUUAAUUUUGCAGAAAAUUGCUAUGUGUUUGGCUUUGCAAAAUUUGAUGACUCUUGUUAUUUUGGAUGUGGUGGAUUUACUUAUCACAUUGAGUCUCUAAAAUAUGUAAAUGCUCUAAAGAAAGCUUCUUAUGGUUGGGAAUGGCAAGGUAUCUUUCUCGAUAAAGAUGGAACAACAACUGGUAAAUCUGGAAACUGGACGAUAUUGCCUACAUCUGCAACUAUUCCACCUGACUGUGGGCCAGCUUCAGAGUUCAGUUUUGGAAUACCUGGUAGCAUGUGCCCACCACAAUAUAAGUGGCAUAGAUUCCGCUUUAUGCUCGGGACUCCAAAUUACCUGGGCUUGGAUAAUUUUAGAUUUACAAAUCAGUAUGGCAUUAGCUCUGUGCCCUAUCUAUUUAAAAGAAGCCAAAUCUAUGAUUUUGCGUGUGCUCUCUUAAGUGGCACUACCUACAAGUUCGAUUUUAAUAAUGGAGCUAAACUUGGCAAUCUCCAAUUUAAAGGUUAUUUUGAAAACUUUGAGCCUGAGGACUAUAUCUUAGUUGAACUGGAUGUGUUUAAAGCCCCAGAUAGAUUCACAAUUGAUUAUGAUAAUCGAAGGACAUAUAUUAAAGCCACACGUGGUGGCAUUGAUCCAUUAGCAGCAAAGGAUGGUGACUGGGAAUGGGACAAUGCAAAGGGCAAAAUUAAGUUUAUUGUGAGUGGAAGACGGCGUACCACAACAUCUAUUGUAGACAAUUGGUAUGAUUUUCACUUUUACAAAUGUCGAUAUUACAACUGUGCAACACCACCGGACCCGUGUAAGGUACCACCGGCACAUAUCAGACCCCUGAAUUACAAUUAUUGGCAUCAGAAGUUUAUAUGGAAACUAGAAAAUGACGGCUAUGUAACAAAUAGUGUUGAAACUGGUACACAAGUACCGCAGGAUUACGAAAAUGUCCGGAUACUUAUUUAUACUUGGGUUAUGGUGAACGUGACAUCAAUUAAUAAGUUUGGCAUACUGUUAUUAGAGGGCGUUCUAGAAUUUGCUAAUGAUCCAUCAGCUCAGUAUGUUAUAGAAGCUGAUUUCAUCAUUAUAAAAUGUGGGCGUUUAAUUGUUGGAUGGCCAGAUGAUCCCUUUGAUGGAAUUGCUUCUAUCAUUCUUCAUGGGAAUGAUUCAUCGCCUUAUUAUAGUACUGGCGAAGAAACAAACCUCGGUUCAAAGGCAAUUGGAGUGUUUGGAGGACUGGAUUUGUUUGGGAAAGAUGUAGGAACAACAUGGACUGAACUAGCAGCUACUGUUAAUGCUGGCUCUAAUACGAUUACAUUAAAAGAACCAGUACAGUGGUCAGUUGAUGAUGAAAUCGUUGUCGGUUCCACCAGCUUUAAUGCCUGGCAGACUGAAUCUUUUAAAAUCACUGCCAUUGCCUCAGACAAUAUUACUUUGACUUUAAACGAGACUUUGAAAUACAAACAUAUAGCUCAUAAGGAAACCCUGGCAAAUGGUGUGGAUAUAUCAAUGGGAGCCGCUGUUGGUCAUUUAACGCGUAAUAUUAAAAUCAUUGGUGAAGAUUAUGACAAACUGUACACGGAAUCAUAUGGGGCUCGAGUCUUAGUUGGUGUUGUCAAAGGAAAAAAAACACACAGAGGAUAUGCUCGAUUGUCUAAUGUGGAGUUUUAUCACACUGGACAAGAAGGUUAUGCUGACGAGUAUGACCCAAGGUUUUCAGUUGCGUUUGUCGCAUUGGGGACAGUUAGUAAUGUCAGACCGUCUAUUGUUACAAAAUGCUCUUUCCACAAUGGGUUCAACACAGCCAUAGGAGCAUUCAGGACCGGUGGUCUAAAUAUUUUGGACAAUGUUGUGUUUGGAUCAAUCGGAAAUGGUAUUGUCACAAGGUCUGAUGGCACAGUCCUUAAACAUAAUCUAGUAUCUUUGAUGGUAGCCACAAACACUUACCAGGACCGUUUUGAGGAAUUUUAUCCAAAUUGGGAGGCUGGUAUUGAGGCAAUUUCAGCAAAGUGGCUUAUUCUUCAGGACAAUCUUGUUACGGCAUCAGAAAGAAUUGCUUACCAUAUAGCACCAUUGGAAUGUGAUGACAAUACAGGAAACCACAGGAAUAAUAAAAUGUAUGCAAACAUACUGGGAGCUGUCGUGCUACCAGAUGAUCCAGUCCCUGCAGAUUGUGCCAAAUUAAGCGGGUUUAUUGCAUGGAAAAAUCAUGACUAUGGUAUCUAUUAUCAAUCUAAAGUUAAUUUUGUCAGCGAAAAUAAUCUAUUGAUUGAAAAUUCCAAUGGUUUAUUAGCGAUUGUCAACGGUCCAGCUAUUUUAAGUCAUGUUUAUGCCGAUAAACGUGUGGAAAUAAAAAGAACAACAUUUGUUGGACAGACAUCGUCGUUUGAUUGUGUAAAUGAUAGGUUACCGUCACCUGACAACAAUACAGUGCUAUCUGCAAACUCUCGUCCAAGUUCUCCUCCCAAUGGUGACAUGGUUGGGCUGGUAUUUCCAAACUAUAUUUCAGAGUCAAAUAAAGCUCCUAUAAAACCAUUUAAGGGCCUAAUGAGUUACAAUGCAAUCGGUGGUUUGACCACUAUUUCUGAUGUCACCUUUGCGAAGUAUGGACAGACUGCUUGCAAGAAUAACUAUGCUGUGACAACAAAUGAGGCAAACGAUGAUUUACAACACCCAAUGACAUCAGAAAGGACAACUUUGAUAGAUGUGGACAGUAGCCACAAAAUCAUUUAUCACAGACCGAAUGUAGAAAAAAUCAAUUCUGCCGAUUGUGUUGACAUGGACUGUGAUGCGUUAAAGAAGGCUAUGUUUAAGGAUUUGGAUGGAACAUUCUUAGGUCAUGUUGGAACAGUUAUCCCUCAGUCAGAGUAUGAAUGGGGCGGUGAUCCGAGACGAGGUCUUGGCGAUUAUAGGAUACCAAAAGAAAUGGUGACCACGGUUGAUGGUGCAAGAAUUCCAUAUAAUAAUAUUGCUCCAUAUAAAGGUAUUAUCCGUAGUGAAAAUUGCAAAUAUGUAUCUAACUGGCAAGCAUACGAAUGUUUUGACGAUAUGAAUUACGAGAUGCUUGUGAUAGAAAGCAUGGACUCAGAUACAGAAACUCGACGACUCUCACCAGUUGCCAUUUUAGGUGAUGGAUACAUUGAUCUAAUUAACGGUCCCCAGGACCACGGGUUGUGCAGCAAAAGCACCUGUAGGAAGAGGGUUUCGACUUUCCACGCACUUGUUGCAACAGACCACGAAUAUCUGAUGCAUUUUACAAGCAUAAUACCUAAACACAUGCGAUACAGACUUUUGAACACAAAUGCGAGUGAGGGAAUUAAACUUACUGUAUGGUGUUCAAGACCAAACAGAUUGGAUGUGUUUGUGAAUGGACAGUUCAAGACUGCAACUAAUGUGCAGAUUGAUAGCAACAAUAGAUACAUCACGUCUAUGCCACAAGGCAAUGAAUAUGAUCCUCAGAUUGCCGACGGAACAGGAACAAACUAUUUUGAUAAACAUCGCAAGAAGAUCCAGUUUAUAAUAAAGGGCCCGGAACAGAUUGACAUCAUAUCUCCUGACGCUGUCAUCAUGUCAAUUAGUCUGCCUACAGUAACAGUUGAUGAUUUCAAUGGCUAUAAUUUGGUUGAAAAUUUGGCGGCUCUCUUGAAUAUUCCGCUGACGAAGGUCAUUAUUUUGAACUUUGUCAGUGAUGGAAAAGGUGGAACUACUGUCGAAGUGGAAAUAGGAGAUGAACCUGCUUCAGAUUUACAUUCAACCUUAGCUGACCACAUUGAUCACUCGUCGUUGCUUAAACUAGCUGUUAAUAUUGUCAAUGAAUGUCAAGCUGGAGAUGUAUCGCAGACAUUAAAAAUCACUGGAAGUUGCAAGACAGUGGAAUAUCCAACAGCUGAUCCAAGUGUUGCUUCAAUAAAAUACGUCUUACCUUCUCCCCACCAUCUUUUCUUCCAUACAAAGCCUGUGGCCGAUUAUGAAGGAAUUCUCCUUAUUACCCAACCGAAAGUACGAGUAGCUGAUAUUUCCGUGAGUAUUAAUCUCAUUUAAAUUAAUGUUAUCAUU